AUGAUGAUUGACAAUUUUUUUCCGUAUAUAUCAUUUGACGAAUCCUAUUGUCGCCCCAGUCUGAUUAUUGCCAAUGUGAAGUAUUUAUAUUACCUAAGUGCUAGAAGUUACUUUAUUAACUCUUUAGACAAACUGAAAAUUUCUCACACCUUUUUUUUUGUCCUUAUGUUGACAUUAAUAUUUCAGACUGUAGGUUGUGAUAUUAAACUGAAGUUACGUGAGAACUUUUAUCCUCAAGAUAGUUAUGUAUGUGGAAUCAAUCUCUUCUAUUUCUACUUGUUGGAAAAGCUACUAAAUAAUGAAGUGAAAGCCCGAUAUAUACUUCAAGAUAUUAACUUUAAUAUUCCAGAAUAUUGGUCUACUAUUGUAGAAUUUUGUAUAUCGCAGGGAUUUGACACUUGUUUAGUGUCACUUUCACUCGUAACAUUUAGUCACGCAAGCUGUGACAAGAAUCAACACAAGCUAUUUCUAAGAAGAUACUUUUAUUGUAAUAAGAAAAGAGGUAUGGUUCAUAGCAAUCUGCAAGAACCUAUUUCUAAAUAUUGCAGUUUUAUUUUAUAUAGUACACAAGAUGUCUUUAAAGAAUGUAAGGCUAAACUGAGUGAAUGUGACCUCAAUGCAGUUUCAGAAUAUACAUCUAUUAUCCAAUGUCUAAUAAUAGAUAUUAUUGGGUCAAAUUGUGAGAAGGAAUGUAAAGUUGUCAACAAAAAGAUCAGUUCGACAUUAUUAAAUAUAUUAUUAAUUCUUCUGAGUACAGUAAUUGAGGGGACAAACUUUUACAAAUUACAGAAGAUAUUAACUACCUUACUGAAUUUGGUUGUAAAAGUAUAUCAUAUGAUGGACAAUAUAUACUCUUCUUAUGGAAUUUUAAUAGAUAAUAAUAGUAUCCUACAUAAAAUCACACUACUUCUAAGCUAUAAAUAUGUCUUUAUGCUAUCUAAAGAAACUAUAUCUGGAUUUGGCCACAUUUUAGCUUAUUUUCUAUAUACUUUAUAUUACUUUGAAGUGUCUUCAACUAUAACUAAUAGUAUAGAUAUUUCAAGUGGUACAAAUAGGGAAGAUAUUACUGACAUUUUAUCUAAAUAUUUGUAUAAUACAUCGAAUAUAGGACUGAUGGCUACUUAUAGAGGUUUUGUAAUUUUACUAUCAAGACUGGGAGCCAGUGAUCAAUUAUACAAGAGUACAUUUGAAGCUGCAUUUUAUCUAUUUAUUAAGUUUAUUACAACAACAGAUGAAUCUUAUGGAACAAAUUUGGAGAAGAUAUAUGCUCUUCAAUCAUUGCUAGUACUACUAUCUAGUAUUAGAUCAAUUGCUCAUAAAAGCAAGAAGUUCAUAGAUGUACUAUUUUUUACUAAAAACCACAUGAAGACUUUAGUCAAAACUAUCUUUUAUAUCUGGGACUACCCUAACAACUAUUAUACAGCACAGGUAUGCCUAAUAUGGGAUGAGUUAGUUAAGCUUCUAGUUAUAUUAAAUGACUUACCUACUAUUCAUUGGUUAGUGUAUCUUGUUUUGAACUACUAUUGGUUAGAUGCAAAGUAUCAAUUUUAUUCACUUCAGUCUAUUUUUAGUUGUUUAAUUACCAAUAAGGACUUUGUUGAAGAAUUGACAUCUUCAAAUAUAAAGGAUGAAUUCUAUAAUUUUUCAGUGAAACCAUUUUUGAAUAUAUAUGAAUCCGAACCGAACUCAAAAUUUGAAAAUCAAUUUUUACUCAAGUUACUAUUUUCAUUAUCAGUUAAUCAUUUGUUCAGCUCUGCCUUAAGACUACUGAAGACUUGGAUUAAAAUUUGCUUAAAAAUGAUAUCUAACAAAAAAGACGAAUAUAAAGUAUUUACUAAUAUUUUAAAAGUAAGUUUCAAUAUAUACUAUGAAACUAGAUACGAUAAGGUUGGCGAUUUGGAUUAUCUAAGCUAUAGGAACAAAAUAUCUAACUUUAUUUUUUCAAUAAUGCAAGAGAAAUAUAUUACAUGUGACUAUGUUGAUUUGUACAAGCUAUUGUCUAGAUAUAUUACUAAGGAUGAAGCAAAGAGGUGUAAAUUGGAUGCUAUCCAAAUAAUGUUGUUACUACACGCACAAAGAUGUGAAAAAGUGGCAUGGAAAGAUGAAUUAGAUAAAAGUACUCAGUUUUCUCAACACUUAUAUAGCAACAUAGUAUUAUUUAAUGAAAAUCAAACUGUAGAAAUCAGUUAUAAACAAUUCAUCAGGACUCUAGUUUCUUCUGAAACAAACAAUAUUAUUAAAUUAAUUGACUUUUUGGUUCAAAAAUUCAAAUUUUAUUGUACAUCCAAAAAAUCCUGGAAAUUAAUAGAGGUGAACAAUGUAUACUUAAUAAGAGAACUAGAAUAUUUAUAUCUGCUUAUUUAUCUUGGAAGAACUACAAAUACUGAAGAGUUUAAGUACUUAUUGAAUUCACUGUAUAAGGUAUUUAACUUAAUUAAGAAGUUAUUACCUGAUUCUGUCAACUGGGAAGUGAAGGUUGCAUUGAAUUAUUGGCUGUACAAACUUUAUAGAUAUUUGGUUUCAUCUAUUGGACUAUACAUGCCAUAUGAUAGAUAUACAAGAUCACUAUCAAUCCUCAAAAUUUACCUCUCAUCUGUAGACUUUGGAAUAUCAUGUUCUACAUCUUUGAUUGAUAAUAACAAGUGGAUUUCUGAUAAAUACUCUAUCAAUUUAACUUUAUACUAUAAAUUGUUGAGUCUGACAACUAUUACAAGUUUGAACUCUAAAAAGUUUAUUGCUUAUGAACUUUUAUUAAAUUACCAAUUUUACUUUGGUGACAGUAUAUAUAUAGCUGAGACACAGUUAAUAGAUAAAAACGAAUAUUAUUUAAAAAGGAUUCAGAUUUUAAGAAAGAUGCUGUAUAGUAGGAGACCUAAAGAUUAUAGAGCUUGCUGUAUAUAUAUUUGUUGUUUGAUCAAGCGUAGCAAAGGUGGAGAGGUACUAGAUAAUUUGGCCAAUGUAUUAGAUAUCCCAAUGAACUUCGAAGAUAUGAGAGGCAAGAGUAUUUAUUUACAGCUCAUUAAUGCACUCUUCAAUAGUAUUAAGGAGAAAGUAGAUAUUUUAAAUUCCAAUAAUAUUUUUGAAGAGUUUAAUUCUGUAAAGUUUAAUGGACUUAUUGUUUUAUUAGGGACUUUAACUGAUCUUUUUAAAAUUGAAAUAUUUGAAAAAGAUAAGAAAUAUUUUGAUUGUAAAAUUGAUGAAUAUUGCAUUGUACUAGGUUUAAUCAAACAAUGCCUGGUUUUGCUAAUAAACAUGACUAAAGUAAUAUCUACUAUUAGGAGAUAUAAUGGUAUGGAAUCUUUUAUUGAAGAACAAGAAAUCAGAGUGAAGGAUAUUGAAGUUGAUACCUGGAAAACUUUUGAGGAGUGCUGUAAUACAGUGAGAACUUUUUUGCAAAAUUACUCACUUGAACAACUAUUUUACAAUAGUAGAUGUAUAUAUAGUCCUUCGAAUUCUUCUAUUCAUGAUUACAUCUUAUAUAUUGAUUUUCUUGACUUAUUAGGAAUCAGUUAUAUUAAUAUUAUCUUGCAAUGUAAUCAUACAGGUAUGGUAGAUAGAGCUUGUGAAAUUCUUUUGAUAAUCUGUAAUAGCUUAACAAAUAAGAAAUUAUUAAACAAGAAGGGGGAAAUUAUAGAGACUCAGGAAGAAGAAUAUGUUAAAAGUUACGAUAACGAAAUUUACUUCACUUCUGAAAUUACAAUUGAGCUUUCAAAUGUUUGUAAUUUACCCCUAUUUUGGCUAUUCGAUAUUAUAGAUAGGAUAUUUUAUGCAGAUUAUAAACGGGCAAGAGAAUUCAAAACCAUUACUUUUGAUUUAGAUCUGAUUAAUAAUUCAUAUUCUGAGUAUUUAAAUGGAUGUACUUUUCAUAAAGUCAGCGUUGAUAAUCAGUACACUAAAUCUACAUGGGAGAGAUGUACUAAAAGAGAAGGUUAUAUUGGGCAAGAUAAAGCAGGAAUACCUAAGUUACACAGAGAACAAAUCUCUGAAAUUCCUUCACCAGUUAGAAAGUCAGAUCCUCUUUGCAAAAUUAUUGGUAUUCUAUUUUCAUCGUUGAUGGUAGAUUCAUCAAAUAUACCCAUAUUAAGUAUUUUAAUUAAGAUUUUCUUACUUGGGAAUGAAUUUAGCACUUUACAAGUGACUCCAAACAAGCAAGGCUACUCAAAUUUGAUUUCUAUUAAUAUGAAAUUCACUCCCAUUUACUGUAACCAUAUUAUAGCGAGUUUACUAUUAGAUUCAAAUUUGAAUAAAAUAUCUAGCUUUGAACUUUUCGAUGCAAACCUAAUUUGUGGUAUUCUAUUAACCACAGGGAGAUAUAUUGACAAUAAUGUGAAUACUAAAGAAGGGAAGUGGUUAGAAUGCAAUACUGCUGUUAACCUAUUAUCUUCUUUAAUUAAAAAGAUUGGUAAAGGGAAUAAAGCUGACAAGUAUAUAUUAAACAAGGAUUCAAAUAAAAGAAAUGAUCACCUUAAGUUUUGCGAAUUUUAUUCUUGUAAUAAAUCAAAGUACCAAUGUGGGUUAGAUACAGCAAACUGUUUUUCUUACUCCCUCAGUUACUUGAAUAGAAGUUUUAAAGGUCUGAAAGUUUUUGUAGAGAAUAUUUUGAAGAAUUCCAGAAAUCUGUAUUUUAUAGGAAUGAUGCUCAUUUUUCUCUCUGAAGUGUCAAUUAUUUGGAGUGAUUGUAGUGUUAGCUUAAUAAUUACUAUAAUGAGUCUUAUUAAUAAUAAAUCAUACUAUAUCCGUUUAUAUGCUUCAAGAUUAUUAACUAACAUCAUCUUUAAUAGCUCAAAUAGAAAUGAAUGCUUUGAUAUAGAGUAUAUUUCCAAAAGUAAAGUGACUAGACAACAAUAUAUAGGAACAAUAAUGAAUUACAUCCAUUUGGAAGAUUGGCUAUAUGAACUAUUUGAAAUUUUAGUUAAUACAUCCAAAUUGUGCUUGAAUAUACUAAUAACCAAAAUAAGACGAAUUGUUUGUUUAAUUGAAAAUCAUCUUUCAAAUUCUUCUAAAUUAAACUAUAAUCUUAUACAUGGGAUGCUACUACUUUGUAUAGAAAUAAUGAGAAGACCUGGAGUAAGUUGCAACCAUAAAGAAACUAUUGAUGAACAAAAUGAAGUUAUUUCAGAAGCAAAUAUUGCACUUCAAGUAAUUUGCAACAAGAUAUUAGGAAGGUACUUUUGUUCUUCUCCAAGUUAUAAAGUGGUUAAGACAGUCUUUGUUGAACUAUGUGACUUAUUGAUCCAUAUUAUUUUUGAUAUAUAUGGGGAUGUUUGUACCAAUAUUUUGGCUGUAGAUUCUGUAAUAAUAUCUCUGAACUUAGCUUUAGCUCCAAAUAUUCAAAAUAAUAUCUUUGAUGUAAUUUGUUCAAGGGUAUACCUUGUUCAUCUUUUAGAAGUGAAUAAAUAUGACGAACUAUUGGAUAAAUUGCAAGCAGACUUUAAAAGAAAUCCUAAAUGUCUUCAUCCAAGUGUACUUUCAGAACUUUACAGAACACUUUACAAAUAUACAAAUAGUGGAAUUUAUCACCCUAUCAAUAACAAUAGAAAUAUUUCGAGUGAAUUUGCAAACUUUCUUUUGUCACUAAUAGAAUUUCAUAUGCAAGAACUUACUUUAUUUGACUUAAGUCUACUUCAGAUGAAUAUGGAAGUGAAGAUAUUGAAAUACUACACUGACUUUUUGAUAUAUAUAAUUAAGUUAUUAAAUAAUGUGCAAAGUUAUCUGUCAGAUUUUAUUACAUAUUGGGACUUUUCAAGUCGAGAGAAAUACUACUAUAUAUUAUAUUAUAUUGUAGUUGGUAUGACUAAAUUAUGUGAUAUUAACUACAAUACUAAAUACCACACUCCAUAUUUUGGUAUAUUGAACAUAAACUCUAAGUUACUAAUGAAUUACCUUUUAUUUAUUGUGAAGCACUAUGAUAUUAUUGAAGAAAUAUUUAGAAAGAGAGAUGAGUCAUAUAUUGUCUUAUUUUGGUACGAAGAUAUACUAAUUAGGAAGUUUCUUACAUUACUAUAUUCUAAUAAUGUAAGUUACAGGAAUUUAAUAACCAGUAUACUUUAUUCAUCUAAAUCUAGAUACAUCUUAUGUAUCAUUAUUGGUGAAAUGUUGAAUAUUGACAAAUCUAAAACUAAUAAGCUAGUUAUAGAAGCAGAAAAUAAUCAAAGUACUUUUAACAAAUUGGUUAUAAAUCUAAUCUUUUUGUUGAUGGAUGAAAUACUUGAAGUUAGAUUAAAAUCCCUCGAAAUAGCUAGAGGGUAUUUUGAAAUAGAAAGUUGCUCAUUGAAUAAUUUUUCAUUUGACAAUGCAUUUUUAUGUAUUGAAGAAUUAUGCUCUAAAAGAUUUACCAUUAAUCUACUUUUAGAGCUGAUGGAUGCUUUGUUUAAUAGAAUCUUCUAUAUUUCAGAUUUGGGGUAUUCUCAUAUGACUAAGAGUGAUAUAUUUCCUUUUGAAAUUGACAAUAUAUCUAAUGAAUAUAUUUAUGUAUCUGAAAUAGUCAGUAGGAAAAUUGUCCAUAAUAUCGAGAAUAGUAUUUCUAUUUAUAGUAUUAUGGGUCAGUUGAAAAAGUGUAUCUCUAGAUGGAUAAAUGAAAUUGGAUCUGAUACAAAGAUAGCAGCAAUAAUUGAAUGUAUAAAUAUAAACAAGAACUGCAAGGAACUUAUCAUUUUUGAGAUAUUUGGCACUAUAUUGUUACAAGAUACGGAUAUUUAUUUAUUCAUGCUUAAUUUGAGUAAAAUGAGAGUGAUUAAAGCAUAUUUAGAUGUUUUAGACAAUAAUAUUCAAGAUCAUUCUGAAAUUAUGGAAUAUACAGUAACUCAAAUUAUUGAAAUAAUAGAUAAUUUAGAAUUUGUAUUAUUACCAAUGUAUAUUAAAUAG